CUCUCCGUUUUCAACAGAUAGACCUUACUUCUCUCUAACACCUGCUGGUGUAUGCAUGAUCUAUACUGAACCACCCUGAUUUUAUGUGGCCGGCGUAUAAUAUCUUAUACUGAGGCAUGCUGCUGAAUGAAGAUCCUACAGCGAAUCGUUUGAGAGUUCCUGCUGCCCCCGCUUUCAUCCCCUCAUCAAAACCUCGUGUCCGGAUAUGCCAUCAGUGUGGACUCGUUUUACCACAAGAUUUUCCGUGGAUAGUUUGUGAUGACUGCCAGUUACCACCGCUCAGGACCCGAGGUAUUCCUUCCCCCGCACACACCCUCCCUGUAAAUCAAGAUGCGACGGCGCUUGGACAAGCUGCACAGUCAUUUUCAAUAUGUGCUUUGUGCCAAAUGACCGUAGAGGGAUCAAGAACUACCUCUACCUCUUACAUACUCUGCACUGCAUGUCGAACGAGGCAAGAGGGCAUGAAACUAAAGCCUACAAGACACAUUAAUCAGAACGUACCACCACUACUCUCACCCACAUCACUCGUGAUCGCACCAUCCCAUGAUCUUCCCCGCCCAUGUUUCUUCAACUCCCGCGGAGAAAUCGUUGCUCCUUCCCCUGUCCCUGUUACCGUGGCGCCCAUGCGCUUGUGUAUGCGCUUUGGCUGUGGGGCACAACUAGCACCCAACCAGCUUCUCAACUUUUGCGAUGUAUGUCUGCGAUCAGGGUUUGGCCGUGGAGCGCCUGCACCGCCCCCUGCCCUCAAGCAACUUCCGAAACGUAUGAGAAGAGAUGAACUUCUCUCUGGGGUGCUCAUCUCGAAGGCCAAGCGGGAUAUAGAUGCUGCACAGAGGGCCGAGGCCCUUGAGCAGCCCCGGAAGGAAACGCUUGCAGAACUUGGUCCACGCAACAAUGAUGAUUUGGACCUUGAAUUGACGUAUCCUGAAUAGGAUGAGGAGCUUACAGCACAAGAUUCUGUCGACUCGACAGCGAAAACUGUUGGUGACGAUGUGCCACCUCCAGGUGCUGUCUUGGAACACGGGCCUUCGCGGCUAUCGCCCCUGGUCAUCGACACUACCGCUCGUUCUCUAAGCCCUCAGCU